CCUCGUACACCAAAAUAACAUGACGACGAGACCACCCCCUAUCCUCCUCCUCGACGGUGGUCUGGGCACCACGCUUGGUGAUCCUCCCCACAACAUAACCUUCACGGCCGAAACGCCGCUCUGGUCCGCUCACCUGCUGAUUUCCUCGCCCUCCACCCUCGAAGAAGUCCACCGAGCCUUUGCGACAGUCGGCGCCGACAUCGUCCUAACCGCGACGUAUCAGACGAGCUUUGAGGGAUUCACGCUCACGGACUCUCGUUACACGCGCGAGGAUGCAGCGCGCUAUAUGCGCUCAGCGAUUCCGCUUGCGCGACGCGCGGGAUCGGCGUCGGGGAGGCCAGUGAAGGUCGCACUGUCGCUGGGCCCCUACGGUGCGACCAUGUCUCCUGUCGGGGCGGAGUAUACGGGCCUAUAUCCGGAGGAGAUGGAUUCAGAAUCGAAGCUGCGCGAGUGGCAUGCUCGGCGACUGAGCGUGUUCGUGGACGAGACGGGCACGUGGGACAACUUCGAAUACAUUGCGUUUGAGACCGUCAAGAGGGCAGAUGAAGUGAGAGCCAUCCGUGGGGCCAUGUCGGAUGUGCUGGCAGACAUGUACCAAGGUCAGGGGCCCGAUCCGGAGAAGAGCCAAUUGGCGGUGGGAAAGAAGAAGCCCUGGUGGGUUUGUGGAGUCUUUCCAGAGGAGGAGGUCGAUGAGGAGGAUGUGCGCGCGUGGGUACGUGCAGCUGUGGGCACACAGGAGGGCGAGACGGGCGUCAAUCUCCCCCGGCCGUGGGGCAUCGGAGUCAAUUGCACCCGCAUUGGGAAUGUUGGGCGGAUCGUCGCGAUCAUGCAGGAUGAGCUGCGUAACCUGCACGAACUGGGAACAAAGGGCUACGUCGACGAGUGGGACAGCGUGACCGGAAGGCCCUGGCUGGUGUUGUAUCCCGAUGGCACCAAUGGGGAGAAGUACGACCCUGUCACGAAGACGUGGGUCGCAACGGACACGGGGAAAGAAACACGGCCGUGGGACGAGAUCUAUUGGGAUGUGGUACGGGGAGUGCCUGAGGGUGCGUGGGAGGGUGUGGUAAUGGGGGGAUGUUGUCGGGCUGGGCCCGAGCAGAUCGCUACACUGCGCAGGAGGAUUGACGAACGGUCUAAUGCUCAAAGCGCCUAGUCGCUACGGACAUGCAGUCAGCCUAGCUAGCCAUCUUUGGUGCAUCAAACACCCAAGCAAACAAUAAUGUGCAGAUGAUUGACACGCCAUAUUCAUUACAAACCGAUCCAGGAUUUGGUUCGGAGUCAAUAUACUGGACUCCAAGGACUCUUCAUUCACUAUCACGGCACCAAUGCACUACAAUGGUUCUUUACAUAGAUGUCUACCAUCUACUUUUAACGCGCAAUGAGAGGACUAUGCUGACCAGUACCUGACUU